AUCGAGAGAUUUGGAAACAAUUUCCGCUUUCACAUUAUUCCGCUUUGCACUGGCGUUGACCACAUAAUCCUACCACUUUUGUCGUUGGUUUAUUUUGGAAGUGAGAUCUUGGAGUAAGUGGUUAUACAUUCCUUCUUUACUGUGAAGGAUAUCAGGGAAGGAUUCUUUCAAUCAAGAGACGGAAUAUUAACUUCCUCACGAUUGGCCAUUUCCUGUCAAUUUUCUCGUCAUGGUAUCCAUACCUUUACCCGGGUUCGAUGUGUCAUUACCAGAUCCAUUAGAUGGAAAAUUGUCAACAGACGGAGAAUCAGUAACGGGAAAGAUGACAAUAUUUCCUGGAGUUAAAAUUAAUGGCGUGGCAGGAAGUCAGGCAACUAUUGGUGGAGUGAGCAGUACAGUCAAGGUAAAAGAUGGAAAGGCUUCCUUUGGAGGUAGCGUAAACAUCCUCAAACAGUCUUUCACCUUUAACAAUGGCGAACAGCUUAGUCUUUCGGCAAGUGUAGACGUCGAACAGCCACUUCGGUUUACCAUCAAGUUAACAGGGUCAGACACCAAGCCAAAUGUUUUGAAAUUCGAUAAGUCAGAUUCCGAAGCUCUUCCCAAAACAAAGAGUACUUUGACAGGCUCAGUCAUAUUAUACGAAGAUCCACUUUUCAAAGACGCAGGCAUUUUGCUUCCCGGCUUCACGACGUUUAAGAAGUGGACGCAGAAAGUGACGAUAUCUGUCGCAGCCACGAUUGAAGAUAAGCAAUCAAAGGGAGGUGGAGAAAACAAGACCGCGUCCCUUACCCGCACACUGGAAUGGGCGUUAAGACCUCUGUUCGGAAAGGACAACGAUAGACCGGAUCCAAAACCGGAUCCGUUCCCCCCACCCGAUCCCGACUUUCACUGGGAAAAAAUCCCUGUUCCCGUAGCCCUGGCCGCUCUUCUAUGCUACAUGAGUUACAACAAUCUGCCGCAAAUCAUCCAGCAACUUCCUCAAAAUGUUUUGGGCGAACUUUUGGACGAGAGUUCUACGGUUAUUGGCAGGAUUAAGGGAAUCUCUUUCAACGUUGAAAGAGCAUUAAGCCAGUCGCAGGGAGAAGUCGAUCAACUCUCCACCGAAACAAAAGCAAUAAGUCAGGAAAUGGAAGCCGCAGAAAGCGAAGUGAGCACAGCAGCGUCAGAAGUGGAGAGUGUGGAGGCUGAAGUCACAGCUUCUGAGGAAGUUUUGGCAGCGGCAGAAACGGCAGAAGCGACAGCUGCUGAAGAAGUUGCUGCAGCAACCGCAGCCGAAGCAGCAGCGGAUGCUUCCGAAGCAGCCGAUUGGUGGACAAUCAUUGGUGGUAUUGUUUCUGGAGCUGCGAUAGCCGCUGCAGUUGCAGCUCUCACAGCCGCAAUCGCAAAGCGCAGCAAAGCAGUGAAAAAGAAAAAGCAAGCUCAAGACGACGUAAACAAUAAGAAGACCACCCUUAGCAAAAAAAAGCUGAAGAAGAAGCAAGCUGAGGUAAAGGUAGAGCACGAGAAGAAUGAAUUGAGUGCCAAACAGGAGAAGUUGAAGGAGGCGAAGGAAAAGAAACAGGAUAUGCAAGACGUGAAAGAUGUUUUGCAAGCAGCCCAUGUUGGCAUUGAGCUGAUAGAGAAGAAGCUCAAGGAUGAACGCACGAAGUAAACGAGUACAAGUAAAGGUAAGAGGGUAACGAUGCUCCUAUUU